UUCCUACGGUUGUGGCCGUUUAUUGGGAUCACCAACUAAUAGGGACUGUGGUCUUGACCUCCCGAGGGUGAUGCGCUCCAGUUCAGCCAUCAGGGCCUGCCAGAAAGUCUGCAGGUGCCUGUUGUCUGGUUUUGGGGGUCGAGUAGAUGGGGGCCAGCCUGAGCGGUUGACGGAAGGGAGUAGCCCCCUCGGAGGGCCCAUGAGGUCGCACGCGGAGCUACCCGGGGGGAACGAGCGAAGAGAAGCCCAAGAGUCUGGAGAGGGGAGCGAAGCGCUGGUAGAAAUCUGUCAGAGAAGGCAUUUCCUCAGUGGCACCAAGCAGCAGAUUAGCCGAGAUUCUCUUCUGAGCGGGUGCCAUUCUGGCUUUGGCCCUUUGGGCUUAGAGUUGCGGAAGAACCUGGCGACAGAAUGGUGGUCCUCGGUGGUGGUGUUCAGGGAGCAGGUCUUUCCCGUAGACGCACUCCACGUUGAAUCAGGCCCUUCACUGCCCGGGGACAGUGACUUCAGGUUAGUGUCUGCAGAAACUCUGCGCGAAAUCUUGCAAGACAAAGAACUGAGUAAGGAACAACUAGUAGCAUUUCUUGAGAACUUAUUAAAAACUUCUGGGAAACUACGGGAGAACCUUCUUCACGGUGCCUUGGAGCACUAUGUUAAUUGCCUGGAUUUGGUAAACAAGAGGCUGCCUUAUGGCCUUGCUCAGAUUGGAGUGUGUUUUCAUCCUGCUUCUAAGCAGACAGCUGAUGGUGUUAAAAGAAUUGCUGAGAAGACAGAAGCUUCGCUGGUAUGGUUUACUUCAACAAGAACUGCCAGCCAGUGGCUUGAUUUCUGGUUACGUCAUCGACUCCUGUGGUGGAGAAAGUUUGCGGUGAGUCCAUCUAACUUCAGCAGCAGUGAUUGCCAGGAUGAAGAGGGGCGAAGAGGAAACAGAGUUUACUACCAUUUUCCCUGGGGAAAGGAGCCAAUAGAAACCCUGUGGAAUCUAGGAGAGCAAGAACUUUUACACAUGUAUCCUGGAAAUGUGUCCCAAUUACAUGGGCGAGAUGGACGAAAAAAUGUGGUUCCUUCUGUUUUAUCUAUAAAUGGAGAUCUAGACCGAGGCAUGCUGGCUUACCUCUAUGAUUCUUUCCAGUUAACAGAGAAUUCCUUUACAAGAAAGAAAAAUCUCCAUAGAAAGGUACUUAAGCUUCACCCUUGUCUAGCCCCUAUUAAGGUUGCUUUGGAUGUGGGAAGAGGCCCAGCAGUGGAACUCAGACAGGUUUGUCAAGGGCUGUUUAAUGAAUUACUAGAAAAUGGGAUUUCUGUGUGGCCUGGCUAUUUGGAAACUGCACAGUCCUCAUUGGAGCAACUUUACUCAAAAUAUGAUGAAAUGGGUAUCCUCUUCACAGUUUUGAUUACUGAAGCAACUCUGGAGAAUGGAUUAAUACAGCUGAGAAGUAGAGACACCACAAUGAAGGAAAUGAUGCAUGUAUCCAAAGUGAAAGACUUUUUAGCCAAGUAUAUAUCAUCAGCCAAGAAUGUAUAGAUUUUAAUAUUAGCCUAAUAAAUAUUUGUCCUUUCUAAUUUGGUUGUCUUACAUUAACUUAGGUUGUUUGUUAGCCCCUUUGCACUUAUGGACAUUUUUGGUGCUUUUUAAAAAAUUCAUUUUUAUUACUUAUAUUUCUUGUAUUCCAUUGUAUAAGGACUAUGUUCAGCUACAAGAAACAAAAAUCCUGCUGUACUGGAUUAAGCGAAUUGGAAUUUGUUUUUCUUAUAAAAAGAAAUCAAGGUGGGGGGUACACUGUCUGGAGCUGGUAUAAUCAUUUCCUCUAUAGUUAGAGACACAGGCUUUUGUUGUUUUUCUGUUCCACCAUUUUUAAUAUGUUGGGUUUUAUCUUUAUACUUAUUGCUUAAUGGUCACAGGGUGGCUGCUGUAUUUCUAGCUUUCUCGUUCACAUUCCAGUUAGGAAGAAAGUACAAGAGAUAAGAACUAGCCAGCCGGGACUCACCCUCCUAUUUUUAUUAGGAAAGUAAAACCUUCCCCAGAUAUCCCAAUCAGAAGAGUUGUUGUUUCAUUGGUCAGAACUUGGUCACAUGGUCAUUCCUAGGCUAAUCACUGUUCAGGGGAAUGAGAAUAUAAUGAUUAAUUUGCAUCAAACAUAAUUUAUCCCCUGGGGCUACAGUAGUGUCUUAUCCACUCUGAAAUGGGUUUUAUUAUCAGGAAAGAAGGAGUCUUGUAUGUUGAAUACACUUGUGUUAAUUAUAUUAUCAUUAUCAACCUAACAAAAAUUCCAACUAAUAAUUUGUAUAAAAUAUCUUGAGCCCUGGCUGGUGUGCCUCAGUGGAUUGAGUGCCAGUCUGCAAACCAAAAGGUUACCAGUUUG